AUGCAGCUUAAACGCAUUGCCUUGACAGCAGCUUCAUUAACUGCGGUUUCUGCUCAUGGUUACACACCAGGCGAACCAUGGUCCACUUUAACUCCUUCUGCUACCGUCUCAUGCGCAGCUACAGAAUUUACUUCUACCUUCGGUAUCGCUGUUCAAACAAUUGCAACUGCUUCCGCCAAUGUUAAGAGAGGUGUUAUAUCUCAAAUCAACGACGGUCAAAUUCAGGCCACAGCUGGACCUACCUUGGCCAGUGACGGUACCGAAAUCACAACCACUUUAACUAGAACUUCCGUCAUUACAGUGGUAAAGGGUACUAUUGCAACUAAUGUUGUCGACUCCGCUAAUUCUUCCAGCAAAAGCCCUACUUCUACUUUAGCCCCAUCAUCCGCGAUUACUUCGGCAGCGACCUCUACGUCUGCCUCUACAUGCAAGGCUACCACUGCUGUGUCUUUAGAGAAUAGUUCUUGUAACAACGACGGUACCUUAGAAGUAACUUUGAAAGGAGGAGUUUUGACUGAUAAUAAAGGUAGAAUUGGUUCUAUCGUUGCAAACAGGCAAUUCCAAUUCGAUGGUCCAACUCCACAAGCAGGUGCCAUCUAUGCGGCUGGUUGGUCUAUCACAUCAGAAGGCAAUUUGGCCCUUGGUGAUGACGAUGUUUUUUACCAAUGUUUGUCAGGAAAUUUUUACAAUUUGUACGACGAAAAGAUCGGUGAACAAUGUAGUCAAAUUCACUUACAAGCUGUUUCUUUAGUGAACUGCUGA